UAUCUCUCUCUCUCUCUCUCUCUCUCUCUCUCUCUCUCUCUCUCUCUCUCCAUAUCUCUGGAAGUGGUCAUGGGGCUGGUGCUGAGGAGCUGGGUGGCAAACGAGGCAGGCAAACACUGUCUUCUGGUGGUGUGGUUGGCCGUCAGCGUUUGGCUCUUCUGGAGAACAUUCUCACUGUACUCCAGCGGGCCGCAGUACUACUACCUCCACCAGAUGCUGGGGCUAGGACUGUGCCUCAGCCGAGGGUCAGCGUCCGUUCUGAACCUGAACUGCAGCCUGGUGCUGCUUCCCAUGUGCAGAUCUUUACUGACCGCACUGAGGGGAACACAUCAGGUGAACAGUAGAAAAGCUCGGCGGUUGUUGGACAAGAGUAAAAGCUUCCACGUGGUCUGCGGGGUGGCCAUCUGUGUCCUCUCAGUGGUUCAUGUCAGUGCUCACCUGGUCAACGCUGUCAGAUUUUCUGUCAGGUAUUCAGACGACUUCCCUGCCCUGAACUUAGCGCAACACCGGGGACAGGAUCCCCGUGUUCUCAUUCUGACCACAGUUCCUGGGAUCACUGGAGUUUUAUUGGUCCUCAUUUUGUUCCUGAUGUUUACAGCUUCAUCUUACAGUAUAAGGGUUUGUAACUAUGAGAUUUUCUGGUACACUCACAACCUCUUCAUCCUCUUCUACGUUAUAUUGAUGGUGCACGUGGUUGGAGGGGCUGUAAAGUACCAGACAAAUGUGGAAGCACACCCACCCGGCUGCAUAUGGGCCAAUCGAUCAAAAGCAAGCUCAGACAUGUGGUCCAAUCAGGAGCCACAGGGAGAAACAGAGGAGGAGUCAAAGGUAGCUUCACCAAUUGUGUGCAGGGAAGACGCUCACUUUCAGCCACACUUUCCUCAGACAUGGCUGUGGGUGUUGGCCCCGCUCUGCCUGUACUGUGUGGAGAGGCUGUAUCGCUGUAUCAGGGGCAGCGCUCCGGUCACUGUAGUUUCCGUCAUCAGGCACCCUUGUGAUGUCAUUGAGGUGCGCAUGCUGAAGAGUGGGUUUAAGGCUUGGCCUGGACAGUACAUCUUGCUGAACUGCCCGAGUGUGUCAUCCUUUGAGAACCAUGCAUUCACUCUAACUGCGUGUCCAACACAGAACAAAGAAACAUUUGGAAUUCAUAUUCGAGUUGUUGGAGACUGGACUGAGUGUUUUUCCCAUCUGCUGUUUCCUGAGUUGGAACAUUCAGAGAUUCUUCCCAUGAUGCAUCAGCGUAGAUACCCCAAACUGUAUGUGGACGGUCCGUUCGGAACUCCGUCAGAGGAAGUGUUUAAUUACGAAGUCAGUGUGUGUGUGGCCGGAGGAAUUGGAGUUACACCUUUCGCCAGCAUCCUGCACGCUCUGCUCGAUGGCUGCAGUCAGUAUAAGCUGCGGAGGCUGUAUUUUGUGUGGGUGUGCAGAGACCUACAGUGUUUUUACUGGUUUGCUGAACUGCUGUGUGGCCUCCAUCACAAGCUGUGGGAGGAAAAUCGUCCCGAUUACCUGAAUAUUCGUCUCUUCCUAACCAACACACAGCAACUACAGGGCCUGACAGAGGAAAAGUACCGCCCCCUCAGCUCUCGCCUCGUGAUUGGUCGACCCAGGUGGAAUCUCCUUUUUCAGGAGAUAGGAAGAUCCAAUCAGCAUAAGAAGGUGGGCGUGUUCUGCUGCGGUCCGAAAGGCAUUUCCAGAGAGUUACACAAACUCUGCAACUCGUUCUCCACAUCAGGAACCGUGUUUGAGUACAACAAAGAGUCGUUUAGCUGAGACGGACAAACUGACAGCAAAUAAAACCAGCUUCACCUCCAUCAGCAGGAAGAGAAAGGAGAGAAAGAAAGAAAGAAGAAAGAAAACAAACACAGAAAGAAAGACAACAAACUUUUACAGAAUGUGACUGAUCCAAAGAACAAAAACAGAAAGAAUGGACAGAAGAAUGAAAGAAUGGACAGAUGGAUGGACAGUGAGUUUGUUUGUAUUGACAUAGUUGCAAGGUGAUCUAGAGGAUUACGGUGGAUCACCAGACACUUAUUUAAGGACGUGAUUUAUUUAAGAACUCAGUCAUUUUUACUUUUUCUUUUGUCAUCUCAUCAGUACAAUACGAUACGAGAUGCUCUGCUGUUUACACCAUCAUCUCUCAAACAGUUUACACCAAAGUGGACGCUCUGAACUUCAGGUGGAAAUACAAAUUAACACUGAUGGACAGUUGGACAGAUAUGGACAUAAGAUAGUUUUGAAUCUGAAAUCUUAAAUUGGACAGAACCGCUGAAUACCGACUGGGAGAUUCCUACUGCACUGAUUUCACAUUUAUCUCAUAGAAGCUGAAGAUUUGAGCCUUAUUUAUCAGAACAAUCCAAUAAAAAGUUGGAGUUAUGAUUUGA